AUGCCUGAAGCCGAAGACGAGAUCGGAGCCAAAGCUGUUGGUUCAAUCACAGUAGCCAUUUCUGUUGGUUUAAUAGUGCUUAUUUGUAACACUAUCUUCAUACCUGUUGUAUGGUAUGAAGUCUCUUCUACAUGGGAGCAGCUUGAUCGAGAACUGCAAACUGUCAAGGUCAUCAGAACGGCAAUAAAAGACACUCUCGAUCAAAUUCCCGUACAGUCAACAAGACGAAGUAGAGAAAGCAUAAGGAAACGUUUGGACGAUGAAACUUCCGCAUCAUCUGGAAAAAGACGCAGAACAAUUGUGAGGAGAAGAUGGAUACACAGAAGAAAAGUAGGGAAAGGUGCAGCAGCCUUUGGAACCCGCAAUGUAGACAAAGGAGAAAUUAUUGAAAUUUACACUGGAUCAAAAAUGCAAUGUAAGUGCAUGUCAACGAAUACGUGUCCGAGGGGAUUGCCCGGUCCCGCCGGUGCGAAAGGGGAAGAUGGCACGCCUGGGGAGCCGGGGAAUGUUGGAAUAAAAGGUGUCGAUGCAAUGGAUAUCAUGGUGCAUAUGGUCCAUUCCGGUUGCUUCGUUUGCCCUGCGGGACCAACUGGUCCCAAAGGCGAAGUUGGUCAAGUUGGUCUACCUGGUCCCAUUGGCCCACCGGGUAUGCCGGGAAUUCCUGGACGCAAUGGAGCUCCGGGAUCGCCUGGCGACAUUGGACUGCCUGGAAUGCCUGGUGCAAGAGGCAAACCCAGUGGCGUUGGAAUUCCUGGACCAGAUGCAGUAGUAACAAUGGGUACACAAGGACCGAAAGGCCUUACCGGUCCGGAAGGACCUCCGGGAGAGCGCGGUGACGCUGGCAAAGACAAUUUUGAGGAAGGUCAGCCCGGUAUAGCAGGAGUACGCGGAGAACGCGGAUUACCAGGCAUAGAAGGGAAUGCAGGAGAACGUGGAAUGCAGGGUCUUCCAGGAAAGCCCGGGCAUAAGAGAUGCAGCUGCAAGCAGGUAUUGCUAGGAAAAGAAAUUGCAAAGGCUGAUCUUUCUCAACAACGUCCACCAAGCCCCCAGAUGAAUGACAACCAAGAAGAAAAACACCUAGAAGGAUCAAUCUCUCAAUCGGAAGCAGUUAAAGUUCAAGAAGGCUCAGUUCCGCACAAGAAGGAUAUAGGAAGUGCUGCGCUGGAUUCGAAAGAAGACGUUUCUCUGAAAAGCGCUAUUCCUCUAGCGGCAGAAAAAGCGUUCACUCAUCUUAAUGAUGAAGCUCCUACUACAAGCGAAGUAUCUUCUCAAAAUGCGCGGAGACCGCCAACUCCUCAUACAGCUCCCCGAACCAAUAUCGAAUCUCAAUUGUUGGAGCAAAACACCGGCAAAAAUGAUUCUAACACUGAGAGUGCAAGUCAGAAACUCGAGUACUUUAACAGCAAGUACUUUACCAUUCAUGGAAACUCGCUAGGAUAUCGAAGGUUACCGAAAACCUCUUCCAGGCAUCGCCACUCGAAUAAAAGUCGCUUCACUGUCCAUCCAGUUUCUACAAAUGCCAGAACUCGACAGCAGUUACCGCUUGCUAGAAAACGAAAGAUUUACCGGGAACGGGCAAAAAAGGCAAAAGAGGAGCAGCCCUCCGAGACCGCAACUGCUUCGGGAUCAAAGAUUACAAAUAAAUUGCAAGUAUCACGGAAUCAAGCGACAACGGGAGGAUUUUUGUCGGCAGAGAUUUCCAGUGAAAAGAAGUUUGAUGAUCUCAACGUUGUUCCUACCGGUGCCCAUCAUAGAUCGGCACCACCUAGUCAGAUGCAUUCUGCUGCGGCUUAUGGAUCGACGCAAGCUAAGCAACUGCUCCCUCUUCCAUUCGAUGAGUCCAUCGGAGAUAGAAAAAACGAUUUCGAAAUUCCGCCACAGCCAGCCGUGAAUGGUGCUGGCAACAAUGGAAAUCUGAAAAGCUCAAAUCCUGCUAACACAGAAGAAACUGUUGAGCACUUCCAAACAUCAAAGAAGGGACGAAGCAGCACGAAGAUGAUGACAGUAGCUCCACAAACCAGGCGAAAACAUCGCAAACAUGCAAGGAAAUCCAACAAAAAGCUCAGAAAGAUCGACAUUCCUAUCGUGCCAUUUGCUGCCGAAAGAACUGCAGAUGAAGAGGAGCCAAUGAACACACAUAAUUUUAUCUGGGGUAAAACUUCCGAUUCUGUGAACUCACGAAAUCCUGUCAGUAAGAUAUACAUGCCAGGAGCUGAUGCGCAUCCCUCAAAAGCAUUCGAGGCUGCCGAGGUGGACGGCGACACAAGCAAUGGCGAAUUUAGUUUGAAUAUGUACACAGUAUUUGUGGAUCCUGUGACUCACGCACCCUCGGGUCAUGCUCGGGUUACCACUUCAGAUGUACUCUCAACACCGAAGCUUCGAGUCGUCGAAGGAACAUCGUCGAGACAUGGACAGCUGCCAGAUUCCGGAACAAACAGCAAUUCUGACUCAGACCUUGUUGGGACGGAUGCCAGACUGAUGAGAAUUUCGACAGGAGAUUCGUUGCGACGUUCACCUAAAAAUGCAUUGAGACCUGAAAUGCCAGUAAUCGAUGGCGGAGAAGGAAGAAAUGGCAGAAAUGCGCUGGACUCUUCGCCCUCCAUACUGCGCCAUAUGCAGAGACAACGCAAACUACUACAAGACAUGAGAAGGACGAGCGAACUUAAAAAAUGGCGACAAUCUUUGGAAACUUCCAGAACUCGACUUUGGCCACUUUGA